CUGCUGUUUGCUCCAAAGCAUACUACUAGUAGCUUGGCCAAGGACUCUGUGUUGUGAGACCAAAGAAGGGAUGAUACUUCGACCUUAACCCUAAUGACCAGGUCAUGAGCUUUAGCGUUAGCAACAUCAAACCCAUCAUCCGUCCGUGAUGCAACCUGCAGCCAUGAUGCCAACGGCCUUUCUUGACCUCGCCUCACCAGAAUAGUCUCACAAAGCAAACAAUAACCAAGAUGAAGAUGAUGAGGCCCCAUUCCCUGCCUAUCCUACUUGGCCUGCUGCUCCUGGCACAGAGCUGGGGGUUUCCCGUGUUCAACAAGGCGACGAAUAGCCGUUGGAAUCCAUCGUUGUAUGUGGCCUCCAAAGAAGCACCCGAGACAUCAUCCGAAACAACAAUCCAAUUGAAUCCACUGCUGAGUUCUGUCAAGAUGAGCAAAACGGUAGAAGUCAUGGCGUUGGUAAAACAACUGCAAGCAGACGGUGUGGAAGUCACAUCACUGAGUGUGGGAGAACCGGAUUUCUUGCCCCCGCCGGCUGUUCUGGAAGCCACGCACAAGGCAGUAACGGAUGGAGAGUUGCGCUACACGGCCGUCACUGGCACGCUGGCAUUGCGUCAGGCCAUUGCCGCUGACUUGGAACGGCGAAAGGGGGUAUCGUACGAUCCUCUGACGGAAAUUGUAGUGGGAAAUGGUGCCAAACAGUCCGUCUACCAGGGCGUGCUGGCAGUGUGUGGGCUGGGCGAUCAAGUGUUGAUACCAGCACCGUACUGGCCCUCGUAUCCAGAAAUGGUGGCGCUGGCAGGAGCAAAAGCCGUGAUUGUGGAUGCCUCGGUGGAAACUGGCUUUUUACUCACACCCGAUCAGUUGAGAACCACACUGGAAGCCAAUCCCAAAAUCAAAUUGUUCAUGCUCUGUAAUCCCUCCAAUCCAACAGGAGGAGUUUACAGCCGCGCCGAAUUAGAGGGACUGGCAGAAGUUUUGCGUGACUAUCCCCAUGUAGCCAUACUCGCCGAUGAAAUCUACGAACGGCUCGUCUACCCUCCCACCGACGGAGAUAUCCCCAAGGAAGACUGGUGUCCUUCCUUUGCGAGUCUUCCCGGUAUGUUUGAUCGGACCAUGACCAUCAAUGGGAUGAGCAAAGCCUAUGCCAUGACGGGAUAUCGAUUGGGCUAUGUGGCGGCACCGGCGAGACUCGCCAAGGCCGUCACGACCUUGCAAUCACAGAUUACAUCGUGUGCCGGAUCAUUGAGCCAAGCCGCGGGUGUGGCGGCUCUCACACAGGUGCCAGACGAAGUAUUGGAGGAAAAUGUACAAAUCAUGCAACGAAAACGUGAUUAUGUGCUGGACGAGCUGGCCAAGAUGCCAUAUGUGAAUCUACCGGCACCACCUCGUGGUGCCUUUUACGUGUUGCCCGAUGUCUCCAAAGCACCAAUCUACAACGGAGAUGAUACCGAAUUUUGUCUGGAUCUUUUGAAACAGGAACGGUUAGCCCUAGUGCCAGGAUCCAGUUUUGGGGCGCCUGGAUGCAUCCGCAUUAGUUAUGCCACCAGUCUGGAAGAGCUGCAGGUGGCCAUGGAAAAGUUGAAUCGCUUCUUGACUAAUUUGGGUUAGUUAGCUAGUCAGUUAGGCUACUGAGUCGACUUCCUGUUGGGGCUCGUACUUGAAUGCCAUUGUAGCUUGCUCUUUCUGGGCAACCCACCAGCCUAGUAGAAUGUAGCUUGAAAGCCCUGACCUGUGGACAGAAUAUCUGCACAAUGGUGGGUUCUUCAAGCAUGCCAAGUCUUUUGUAUCAUACCCUGCCAAACAUCAUCAGCACGGUCAUUCAAGAGUUUUGCUAUGGCUCAGCUCUCCUUGGGCUCUCGGGUACUUCAGCUGCGUUGAAACUGAUGUUGAUUUGCCUCUGCAGAGUGCUCCAUGGUGGGCAACACGUGUUCCGGCUGUCAAAGAGCAUUAUGGUACAGUAAGGCACGGUUCGGUACUGUGUGGUGGGCAAGGUGAUACAAAUCGUCAACAAAAAUUGUCAGCAAAACUCCUACAAGAACGUCCACCAGUACUUUACAGGACCACUGCGGGGGCCGAGGGUUCGUUUGACCCCCCUUUCCCAUACCAAUACUGUGGUACAGGCCAAAACCACAUUCAUGAACUUUCAUGAACGCCCUUCCUCAGUGGUGCGUGACUACAUUUAUGCUCGGCUCAGCCUUGCUAUUCUUCGGGCCCACCACCUCUGCAUGCGUGGCUCUCGUGUCCCUGCUGGCACUAUGAGCUACCGCCGUUCUCUCUGGGAUGCUGAUGAUGCACUUGCACUCUUCCGCUAAUCCUGCCCCAUUUUACUCCCUCUCGACUUCCCCUCUACUUCCUCCUUUUGCCCACUGCUCUCCCCUCCCCCCUAGCUCCCUUUUGCCCUGCCCCUGUCCUCCCUGCUCUCCCAGUGCUAUCUGGUACCCACUACCGAUACCACCGCACAGCCUACCGUAGCUUAGCCCCCCUCGCUCCUUAACGUAUCUACAUAGUAUU